GUUUGUUGAACAGCUGGUCAUAUGAUGUAUAAUCGUAUUUAAAGACUUCGACUAGUCCUAGUAAACGGGAAUGCAUAUUGCAAUUCAAUUCAUUUUCACAUUGUUGCAGACUUGCAGUGAGGAUGCCUAGAAGAAGAAAUCGCUAUAAGAAGAGGGCCGACGAAUCCCUCGUUCCUCAAGUUUCUUCCAAGCAAAAGAGAGAGAGCCUGCAAUUGGAGAGCUGCAUCAAAUUCAAUCCUCCUGAUUAACUGAUAGGAGUUAAAGAGUUCAAGAUGGCGGACAACAAUGUCAGUGACCACACCGUGAUGCAAAUUAAGGAUGAGGACAAAGAUGAUGUGAUUGCAGAAAAUGAUGGGAAUAUGGCAACCUUGACUAAAGAUAGAAAUGAUGUGGAAUUAAUAGUAUCCUCGAUUCGAAGAAAGCUUCACCAGAAUCCUCCAUCAACAUCUAGAAGUUGCAUAUUUAGAAUCCCUAAUGUGUUGCGCAGGCAUAACGAAAAAGCUUUUGUUCCAAAUUUGGUUUCAAUAGGGCCAUUUCAACAGGGAAAAAAGAACCUGAAAGUGAUGCAAGAGAUUAAGCUGUGGUAUUUGCAUUGCCUCCUUGAUCGAAAGCCAACUUCAGAGACCAGUUUGGAGUACUUGGUAGAAGCCAUUAAAAGUAUGGAGCAAGACUGUCAUGAUUGUUAUGGCGAAAAAAUUCAUAUGAGUAGUGAAAAAUUUGUGGAAAUGAUGGUGGUUGAUGGUUGCUUUAUCGUGGAGCUCUUCCGCAAGACUGCAAGUGAGGUGCAAGACGAUGAUGAUCCUGUGUUUAAUACGUCAUGGAUGCCGUUGGCACUUAGAAAAGACUUGUUUCUACUUGAAAACCAGCUUCCUUGGAAAGUCGUUGACUGUUUAUUUAACCUCACAAAGGAAAAAGAUAAACCAGAAUCCGAAGCUCUACUCCUGCUUGCUCUGAAAUUCUUUGAGGUGUCUGCAUUCUGCCAGGAUCCACACGCCGACAGACCAUUGGAAACUAAGCAUUUACUUGAUGGCAUAAGAAACUCUUUACUUGCCUCGUACCCUCAAGAAGCAACUCAUAGUUAUUGGGAACCGAUUCCUUCUGUCACAGAACUUCUACAAGCUGGUGUCGAAUUUAAACUUAGAAGUGAUACUUGGGACAACAUGCUCGACAUAACCUUCGAAAAUGGAGUUAUGGAAAUCCCACCAAUAGAUAUUGAAGAAAAUGCAGAGUCUCUCUUCAGAAACCUCAUCGCCUAUGAAUCGGGGAAUUCAAGCAUCCACUGUUGUAACAUUACCUCUUACGCUGCCAUCUUGGAUAACCUUAUUAACACUAGCACAGAUGCGGACUUUCUCAUUCAGAAAGAAAUUAUACAUACACUAUUGAGCAAGGAGGACAUAGCCUGUCUCUUCAAUAGGCUUUAUAGUGACACUGUAGUUGGCUAUUUCUGUUACGUGGAACUCACCAAGAAUGUGAAUGCAUAUUAUCAGGAUCGCUGGCACAGAUGGCAAACAAUUCUCAGACGUGAUUAUUUCAGCAAUCCAUGGUCAAUCUUUUCGCUUUCUGCCGCGCUCUUGAUCCUAGGUUUUACCUUCUUGCAAACCUUGUAUUCCCUUCUAACUUACUACUAGUCAGUUAGGCAA